CACAGGAGGUAUACAAUGCGACUCUCUAGGCAGCUGAGCUGCGUUUCCAAGGCACUAGAUUCCCCAUCGGACGGCCGACACGGCGGCGAGCGCAACGCCAAACUCCAUAUGAGGGAGUCCAUCGAGCAUAGGAUGCCGCUGCCGCUGGCUGCCAACCCGGUCGCUGGAGCCUGGCUCAUUCAUUCAUAUCAGGCCAUCAGCAGCGCAACGUCCCUCUGCGCCUCGCCUUCAUUGUCUCCUGCCUUGCCACCUCCCUCUGCUCUCCUCUCCUCUCCCACCUCCAUUACUCAGUCACCGGUGGAGCUUGCUGUUGCGGCUGGCAAGAUGGCACCGACGUACCGGCCCUACGCCGCCGAGUACGGGCGCGGCGACGCGAUGGUGGUGACCUACGGCGGCGGGGCCGUGGAGCGGAAGGCGCCGGCGAGGUGGGUGGCGGGUAUGGGGUCGUCGUCGGUGGCGUGGUUCGUGGGUGACCAGGCGGAGAUGAAGCGGCGGGGCAGGGUGGCUAGCUACAAGGCGUACGCCGUGGAAGGCAAGGUGAAGGCCUCCAUCCGCCGGGGGAUACGCUGGAUCAAGGCCAAGUGCUCCCACAUCGUCCAUCGCUAGCUAGCCACCGCACCUGCUAGGCGCCGGCCUUAUGGAUUUGGCCGCAUCUUGCAGGAGACCCACGGACGAUCGAUGUUGGCAGGAACGAAUGCGCGAGGGUGGACGCGUACGUCAUCGAUCGAGUAGACUAGUGUGGCAUCGAGAUCCUGAGGCCUUUUUUUUUCUUCUAUUCUGUCUGCUGUCGAGAAUGUUGGUUUCCGGGGUUGCAAGCAAAGCUGGUCAUUUCGCAAAACACAA